AUGCGCAAACAAAUCAUUCUUCGACGAUCAGCGCCAUCGGAACGUCUCGGUCUUGGGAUCGCCAUUGAGAGCGAUGAUAACGAUAACAAAGUGAUUUGUGUGCGUGUGGAACAAGUGGAUUCAUGUUCUCUUGCUUCUCGAAGCGGCCUGCAAGUUGGUGAUCGAGUAUGGAGUGUUGCUGGUACCGAUGUGCACCAAUGCACUCGAAUUCAGUGUUUGUCACUUUUGCAGCAACCAACAAUGACCGUUGCCAUGAUUGUCACUCGGCAAAAUACCACAUCAUCUCCGCGGAAUAAAAACAGUCGUUGUACGAUGACCAAUGGAUCUCAAAGUUCCCUUUUACAAAGAGGUCAUUUUUUUUGUAUUGCAAUACUCAUUAAUUUAUAA